AUGGCUGUAGACUCGAUAUCGAAACAUGGUACAAAGAGUGUGUUACCCUCGAAUAGGUUAGAUACAGGCAACAAAUAUAAUUUCUCUCACUACUCAGGUAACAAGAUUUCAUCGAACUCUGCUGGUUUGGUAGGGACUCCUGGGUUAGGAUCCUUUUAUUUUAGCGUCCAAAAUAGGCCAAAAUUGAUGAUGAGAUCGUCCCAUAUAGGGAGCUAUUUUUCACACGAGGGGCUUAUCCAUCUAAGUGGAGAUGGCAAUAUUCAAAACGAUAAUGCUUUUGAUAGUUCACGAACUAAGAAAUGGAGGUCUAAUUCUUUGGAGCCUAUUGAAAGCAAUUGUUACAAAAGUUCCAGUACUAGCAGUUCUUCUGGUCUUCUAUAUAAAGUUAAGGUUAAGAAGGAAUUAGCUAGUAUAGAUGCUAUUCAUGAUCCACAGGCGUGUGCGAUUGUAUGUGCUGGAAAAUCACAUCUAGGUUAUUACAAGUUUUCCACGCAAGAUCGUUCUCUUAUUUGUACACAUGAUAUUAUCAGUUCUUACAAUUCUCAAUGUAACAGUUUGCAAUCCAAAAGAUCAAGACCCAUUAAAUUUAGUACCAUUGCAGAUGUUAAAACAGGAUUCCAACAAUAUACAAAUCAUGUGGCCAUAUGUAGUAAUUCCACCAUUAUAUCUGUAUAUGAUAUCUCUAAGAGACAAAGCUACGAAUCGGCUAUAGUAAAAUCGUUUGCUGAACAUACUAGAUCAAUUAAUGGAUUUGAUUUUAACAUGAUUCGCCCACAUCUAAUUUUAAGUGGAGGGCAAGAUGGCUGUCUUAAAAUAUGGGAUCUAAGAUCUAAUAGUGCCCAAAAACGAUCGAGUGGUUGUGACAUCAACAUUACCAGCACAUUUGGAUCUAUUAGAGAUACAAAAUGGAUGCCUGGGUACAAUUUCGCCUCAUAUGACGAUAAAUUGACUCGAGAAAUGAAAAGUCAUGGUGGAUACAAAUUUGCUUCGAUUCAUGAUUCAGGUGCUAUCUUGACGUUUGAUUUGCGUCAGCCUACACAGCCUGAAAAAAAAAUAAAUGCUCAUACAGGUCCAGGUCUUUGUAUAAACUGGCAUCCCCAUCAAGAUUAUAUCGUAUCUGGUGGCAGAGAUGGGAAAUGUUCUCUUUGGUAUCUUGGGGAUAAAAAGCCUAAUGACAAUAACAACAGUAAUGAUAAUGGUAUUAAUAUGGUCUCAUCACCUCAAUUGCCUAAUUCAUAUCAAAACACCUAUUCAAAUAAUAACACAGCCUCCAAUUUAGCGGUAAUAUACCCCGAGACUACAAUUAACAUAGGUUCCCCUAUCACAAAGUUAAAAUUCCGUCCAUAUUAUGAUAAAAAUGUUUAUAAUUCAAUGUUAGCGAUAUCUUGCAUGGGUGACGAAGCACAAGUAUCCAUUCAUUCGUUGGCUAGAAGGUAUAUCCCUAAACAUAUUCUACAGACAUCUGCUUCUGCUGUUGGGUUAGUAUGGUGGGACUCGAAUAUUUUGUUUGACAUAGACAGGAACAAUUAUGUAAAUGGUUGGGAUUUGUCUAAGGAACCUACAGUUUUAGAAACUCUUCCUAAAAUAUGUACUGCAUGGAGGGAUAUUGAAGGAUAUGGAUUUACAUACAUUGAUCAAGAAGUUGGAUCUUAUAAGAGUAAUCAAGAAGCUCAUAAAGUUGUCUCGCCAUUGAAGUGGGAACGUCCUUCUAGAAAGGAAAUUUCACCCAAUCCAUCGUCUGUAGUCUCGUCUUCUGGAAUAAUCAAUACACUUGAAAUGAAUAACUCAAUUACGACUAGUGAUAAAAUACCACCAAAAUUGAAAGCAACCUAUAGUUCUAAAAGUUUACUGUCUACAAAAUCAUAUAAUUCCAAUACAAAUUUUUCCUUGAAAUCUGGCCCCUCAAAACAAGAAAUUAGUGAAAAAUCUCCAUAUGUUAUUACACUGGAUUUACCUUACAUUUUUAAUGAAAUGAGACAAAAGCAAUUGUCUAGAAUGCAAAAAGAACUGGUUGAAACAAAAACUAAUAUUUUUAAGGAAAUGCCGGUUGAAACAUUUAAAUACUUAGUCAGAAAAUUAAAUUUUUUACUUGAAAAUGAGAAGAAGAAUAUGAGAAACGAGCUUUCCACUGACGGUGAUUCAACUAAAACAGAAGAUGAAAGAAAAAAGGAGGAUUUGAUGAAGAAAUUUGGAUUUACAGAAAACGCUACAUGGACUGCAUUGGUAAAUAAAAAUAAUGAUGAACGACGUUCUUCUCUAUUUGAUAGUCAAUUUGGGAUUGAAAGUAAGAAAACAGGAACUGAUAUUUCAGAUCAUUUAAGAAGUAAAAAUGAAUCAAUCAUGAGCAGUGGUAACGAUUCUGAAUUAGUCUCUCAUGUUCCAACAAAAUUAUAUUCAAAGAAAAAGGACACAAAAACUAGUAUGUUGUCAAAAGCAUUACAAAAACCACAUAUCAAUAGAAAAGAAAAGAUACAAAUACUAUUAAAAUUAAUAGCAGCAGUUAAUCACAAUGCUAAUGUUUAUUCAGAUAUUGGAGAUAUAUCAACUUUUAAAGCGUGGAUUGUCAUAAGAGAUACUUUAUUUUGGGAUUUAAAAAAGAUGGAUGUAUUGGAUGAAAAUAACAUUAUUAUAGAGGAGCAAAGUGAAAAUUCCUCGAAGGAAUCACUUAUUGAUAGUGGAUAUAUCCAGUCUCCCUUUUCAGAUGAUAGCCCCUAUAGUUCCAAGAUAGCCAGUGUUGGACGGGAUUCUCUUUCUUUAGUUGAGGAACAACCGCAAGCACUUCAUGACGAUAGUAAAGAACUGAAGAGAAAGCCUGUGUCUACUUUACAAAAGCAACUUCAAGCCAGUAAGAAUGAUACUAAUAUGCUAUCUCAAGAAACAAAUCAAACACAAAAGAUAAAUAGUAAUGAUGAGAAAAGUUUAGUUAAUAAUCUGGAGGUAAAAAAUGAUAAAUCUUUGAUAUCACAAAGUGCAGGUGAUAUUUACAAUGGAAAGGGAAUGCCUAUAUUAAAGAGAAGACAAGGAAGAUUAUCAUUUAUAGACACAUUCAUGAAUGACAGAAGACAUUUAGUUGGAUUGGUAGAUGAAACUAUGUCAAAUCGUUAUGCACCUUCAGUGAUUAAUAGUAGUCCACAGAGUAAACUUUCUUCAUUUCACAGUGUUACAUCCGGUUAUUUGCAUGAUCCAUUUACGAGUAAAAUUUUAUCACAUAUGGGUUCAGCACAUGAAGUGGAGAAUCAGGUGUUAUUAGACAAGUUUUUGGAAAAUGGUAGUAUAGGAUCAUCGUCUGAUGAACAUUGUUUAUAUGACAGGGAUAUGUUCAGUCACGAAAAAGGUGGAGAUGUUUGUAUGCCACCAUGGGAUACAGCUACAAUAAUUAAACAAUUAUACCAGCAAGCCAUAGAAUCUGGGAAUACUCUACUUGGAAUGAACAUUUUAUUAUUGUUUCAUACUAUUUACGACAUUCUCCCUGAAGAGGUAGUAAAAAACAGUUUAGUAGAGUUUGUAACUAUUUUGCACAGGUUUGAAACAUUUGAAAUAGCUACUGCAUUAUUAAAGGCAUGUCCCUGGGAUGAUAUAAUAGGGGGUAGUUUUGGGCAUUCUUCGUCUAUACAAAUAUACUGUGACAAAUGCCAUAAACUUUUAAUAAAUGAAUAUUCAAAAGAAAGAUUCACGAUAGAGAGAAACAACCAAAAUAUCAGAAAGGAGAGAGAGAUUGCCAUGGAUGAUAACAGCAAUGAUGGUGAUAAUGAUGAUAAAAUAGGUAUUGACAUUGACCCAAUGACAAGAUUUGGAUAUUGGUACUGUGACAAUUGUAAGAAACCAAAUAGUCUUUGUGUGUAUUGUGAAAAACCUAUGAAAAAACUAUCUAUAGCUCUACUAUCAUGUGGUCAUGAAGGACAUUUUGAAUGCUUCCAAGAAUGGUUUUUGGAUGAGAACAUGGAUACAUGUCCAGCAGGUUGUAACAUCGAAUUAAAUCUAUGA